AAAAAAAAAUUGGGUACGAACUCAGUGAAGUGGGGUUAUGUUCGAAUCAUCACCGGCACCAUUUUCGGUGGUAUCCUUGGCUUCUACUUUAUGCACCGCGUCGAGCUCAGCUACAAGGAGAAGAUGAAGGAGAGAUUGAGACAGUAUGAAAUUGAAUUGAAAAAGAGAGAGAAGCUAGAGGAGCUUGAAGAUUCCCUCUAGCUCUUCCUCUUUUACAGUUAAGCUGCGAACUGCUUUUUCUCUGAAGUUGUUUUCUAGAAUUAUACGCAUAUUAAGAAUUAGAACAUAAUAAGCUGGGGAUAUAUGAAAUUAUGAUGGCGGCGCGUGAUUCGAGAUUGCGUUUUGACUAUUGAGUGCUGAAUUUAA